UUCUAUUGCGAUUCACAGAAAACACCACCAACUCAACACAGUCAUCAUCGUCACUACAAAAAAAAAUAAUAAAAAAAACACAGAGUCAAACCCUCGACCACACUACAGAGACCCUUCUUCUUCUACUUUGUUCCUCUGUUUCUCUCUCUUACUUUCUCACUCUUUCCGUCAAAGUUUGCAAUUUUUCUUCCCAGUUGUUAGCUAUCUUCUUCUCAGUAGGCAAACACGGCAUUGGCCACCUGACCCUCCACCACGCGAACACGACAGACUUCUUUGUAUCUUCUUUCCGUCAAAUUUCCCAAAUUUACUUUCCGGGGCACAAAGAGCUUGAAAUGAGUGUCACAGAAACACCAAAGAAAACCGGUGCCCCCCAAAUUGUUAAGUUGGACAAGGCAUUGAAAUUGGCAGAGUUAUGGGUAAAUAAUAUGAGCAAAGAUGCAGAUGAUGAUAGAACAAAUGCGGAUGUAGAGGGUCGACCUUCUAGGCUUGGUCUAGGUGCAAAAGUUUCACGCCAAUCAAAAUUUGUGCCUUCAGAUGACCCUGUUGAAAGGAAAUUGUAUGCCAAGUUGAAUGCUGAAAAAAGAAAAGCAGCUAAUAUUGCUAAAGAGUCUGCCACAAUUGCAAGAGAUGCUUUAGAUGACGAUGAAGACAAUGAAGACUUAGAUAGCAGAGCUAAUGCAUUUACCAAGAGGAAGGCAACAGCUCCUUUGAUCUCGUCUAUGUUGCGAAAUAAGAAGCAGAAGUGACAUUUAAUAAUGAGUUAUUUUUUUCUGUAAGGCUGUAAAUUAUCACAUAGUUUGCAUUUGCCUUGCAGGAAUUUUUCCUUCAACCAAGUGUAAUACAUGGGAAUAUCAUCGAACAUAGUUAUGUACUUGAGGAAAAAAAGAUAAUUUUACUAGUUUAUGGCCUAUUCUAUUCCCAUCCACAUUUUUUUACAUUAAAUACUAGAUGAAUAUUUGUGUUG